AAUAGUCUCACCGAGUUCAAGGAGACCCUUGAAAAGAACUCAGUCGUCCUUGUAGACUUCUGGGCUCCAUGGUGCGGACCAUGUCGAUUCAUCAGCCCCAUCGUCGAGAAACUGUCAGAGUCAGCUGGCUCAAUCUACUUUAUCAAGGUCAACGUCGACGAUGCCGAGGAUGUGUCUCAAGAGUAUGGCAUCCGAGCGAUGCCUACCUUUAUGGUCUUUAAGGAUGGUGAGAAGGCCGAUGAAGUCGUGGGAGCAGACCCUUCUAAGUUAGAGAGGCUUGUUCAACAAUUCCAGAGCUAG